AGUGAGGAGGAGGAGUCCACCCCACCCCGCCCCAAACAACUUGUAGCCAGCGGCGCCGGCGACCGACGGCGGGCCCUCCGGCAACCGCCCCCCUCCGUUGUAUACAGCCUCCAGCCCUGCCGCCGCCCACCGACCAGCGACCCACCUAGGGUUCCCCUCCCCAGCAGCAGCCUGUUUUCCUCCAAUUACCCACUCCCGCCGCCGCCGCCGUCCGAUGACCCAAUCAGCGGCCUGCUCCGCCCGGGUUCGCCGCGGGUUCCAGCAUUAGCGGCGGCGACCCGUGCGAUUCCGCCCCCAUUCCGAAAAUCGCGGAGGAGGAGGACAAGAGGGGGGAUAGGAAUAGGAUAAUGGGCUGCUUCCACUCCACGGCCACGGCCAGGGCCAGGCGGCGCUACCCGGGCUACGACCACCCCAUGCAGCUCGCCUCCCAGACCGCAUUCAGCGUGAGCGAGGUGGAGGCGCUGUUCGAGCUCUUCAAGACCAUCAGCGGCUCCGUCGUCGACGACGGCCUCAUCAGCAAGGAAGAGUUCCAGCUUGCAUUGUUCAAGAGCAAGAUGGACAAUAUUUUUGCUAACCGGAUAUUUGACCUCUUCGAUGUCAAGAAAAGGGGGGUCAUUGACUUUGCUGACUUCGUUCAAGCUCUAAAUGUAUUUCACCCUAGCGUUCCAAUGGAAGAGAAAAUUGAUUUUUCCUUCAAGCUAUAUGAUAUGGACAACACAGGAUUUAUCGAACGGAAAGAGGUCAAGCAGAUGCUCAUUGCUCUUCUGAGUGAAUCAGGGAUGAGGUUAUCAGAUGAAACCAUUGAGUCAAUUCUUGACAAGACAUUUUCAGAUGCUGAUGUGAAUCAGGAUGGAAAAAUAGAUAGAGCAGAGUGGGAGAACUUUGUCUCACGAAAUCCCUCCUUGAUGAAGAUAAUGACUCUUCCAUACCUAAAGGACAUAACGACCACAUUCCCUAGCUUUGUGUUCAACUCGAAGGUCGACGACAUCGUGACGUGAGCGCCAUGGUUUCUGUGACAUUUUACAGGGCCUGCGCUGAAGAGGGGAAGGACAUGUACAUCUAAUAGUAUAUCAAGGAGAGUCAUUUUUUUCUGGUUAGAGCUAAAGCAAUAAUGCAAAGAGGUUAAGAGGUGAGGGGAGGGUUGUAGUCUGAGAAAUUGGCAAGUUGUCGCGAUAUGAACUGCAUCCAUAUGCUGCUGCUGUUGUUUGUUGUGAAAUGCAAGGUUAGUGCCAGAAUGGAAUUGUAUCGCCUGGAAAUCAAUCUUUUUUGUUUCUCCA